UUACUAUUAUUAUUAUUCAAACUCGAAAUCUCUCUCUUAAAAAUUGGUGGUACUCUGUAACACAAAAUAUCCACUUCCCUUAUUCGUCUACUGCUCUGUACUGCACCGCACCCCAUCUUGUAGAUAAACUAAAGGCAAUGCUACCGGUGGCGGUGUCCAACGGCGUCGUUUGGACGGAAGGAGAAGAAGAUGAAGAAAUUUCAUGGCCAAGUAAAAAUGAAAUGGAGACAUGUAAUGAUAAAGAUAAGAAAGCUUCUAUGUCUAGCGUCAAGUCCAUGCUCGAACACGAGUGGUUCAUUAACAAUGCGAUGAACCCACCAAAUCCUGACCUCCAUAUGAAUUCCCAACUACCAGAAUUUAGCAGCCUUUUGUUCAAUCCCCUGGAGGAGGAGUCUUCAUGUUCACCGUCACUUGACCCAUCACAGUCAUUUUUCCCUUCCAAAUCCUGUUUUCCGUCGCUCUUUAACUUUGUUUGGAACCAAACUUUUGACUAUGGCUUUGAUUUUUCCGGAGACAUGAAUUUCUUCGCUAAUCAGAGUGCGAGUUCUGGUUCUGUUUUGAUGGGUGAGUUGGGUCCAUCGGAACCGAGUUCUGAAUUUCCGACCAAUACUCGUUUACAGUCGUUUUUCGACUGCAAGACAACCAUUGGUGGUGGUCCUGAAGCUUUUGGUUUCGAGGGUUACGGGAGUGCUCUGUUUCCUAGCAAGUCUAAGGGGUUGAGACCACUUCAAGGGUUUCCACCGGUUGGAUUACAGCCCACACUUUUUCAGAAGAGAGCUGCCUUGCGGCAGGGCUCUAGCGGAGUCGACGAAUUGAGGAACUUGGCGCUCCCCAGAUUCAAAAGUGGUGAGGAUUCUACGAGGAUGGAGGGGAGUUGGGAGAAUAGAGAUGAUGCUGGGGAAAUGGAAUUGGAAAAGAAGAGGAAAAGGAACUUUAACUAUGAAAUGGAGGAGAAUGUGGAUGUUGAUGUUUUGACUUUAAAUUAUGAUUCGGAUGAGCCUACUGAGAAUACCUAUAACAUUGGGGAUGGGAAUGUGAAUAUUGGUGGAAACAAUUUGAAUGCGAAUAGUAGUUCUACAGUUGGAGAUCACAAGGGGAAGAAGAAGGGUCUACCGGCCAAAAAUUUAAUGGCGGAGAGGCGGAGGAGGAAGAAACUCAAUGACAGGCUUUAUAUGCUUAGGUCUGUUGUGCCCAAAAUAAGCAAGAUGGACAGAGCUUCUAUCCUUGGGGAUGCCAUUGAUUAUUUAAAAGAGCUUCUGCAAAGGAUAAAUGAUAUCCAAAAUGAGCUUGAACCUACACUACCGGGAUCUCUGAUGCCGCCUUCUACGAGCUUCCAUCCUUUAUCAUCAACCCCUGCUACUCUUCCCGAUCAUGUCAAGGAAGAACUCUGUUCAAGUUCUUUGCCAAUCCCUAAAAACCAACCUGCGAAGGUUGAGGUGAGUAUGAGAGAAGGGAGUGGUGUCAAUAUACACAUGUUCUGUGACCGUAGAGUGGGUCUCUUACAAUCCACUUUGAAGGCUCUGGACAACCUCGGGCUGGACAUUCAGCAAGCUGUCAUCAGCUGUUUCAACGGAUUCGCUUUGGAUGUGCUACGAGCUGAGCAAUGCAGGGACGCUUUGCCAGAGCAAAUAAAAGCGGUGCUUCAGGAGUUGGCUGGCUUUCAUGCUUUGAUGUGAUAUAAGCAGCAAUUUUAAAUAAUCACAGCAUUCUGUGUUAUUUCGAGUUUUUUAAACAGAUCCCUUUGAGGAAAGAUGCGAUUGCAGAGCACGUUACAUUAUCUAUUAGUAAGUUUUGAAUAAAUAGCUGUUAAUUAUUCAAAUUUAACAGAAAUAAGUUACUUGUUUUAAUGAA